GUCUUAUGUUGUGAUUGCAUUAUUGGUUUCAAAGUAAGCAACAGUAGUGAAAGUCAAAAUACAAUGAGUUUUUUGACGUGGCACAAAGUUUUGAUUUCUACAACAUUUUUCUUUUUAUUAAUUUUUAAUGAAAAACAUAAAACAAAUGCACAAGAUCCUGUUAAGCCAUGGUAUGAAAAUUUACCAGCGGUAGCAAUGGAUUAUAAAGUGCACAUCGAUGCCGGUAAAGAAGAUUGCUACCACCAAUAUGUACAACCUGGCGCCACAUUUUAUGUAUCAUUUAGUGUUGUGCGUGGUGGCGAUGGCAUGGCUGGAUUUGCUGUGCGUAAUCCAGCGGGACAAAUUGUAAAACCGUACCAGUGGCAACCAACAGCAGACUAUACAGAUCAAGUGUCACCUGGCGGUUACUAUUCAGUUUGCAUUGAUAAUCAAUUUUCACGUUUUGCUGGAAAAUUAGUUAAUAUUUAUAUUACUGUGGUUAAAUACGAUGCCUGGGAUAAAUAUGCUAAAGAAAUUGAAGCCCUGCAAUUAAAUAUGCAAAAUUUUACGUCAUCAAUUGGUGCCGUAGAACGCAACAUCAAUGAUAUGCUCUCUUAUCAAUCGUACAGCAGAACUCGAGAAGCUCGUGAUUAUGCUUUAUUAUUAGACAACAAUUCCUAUAUACAAACAUUCUCUCUCAGUCAAAUUUUGGUUAUUCUGGUGACAUGUUCCGUACAAGUGUUUUUCGUGAAAAAACUUUUUGCCGUUAAAUUAUCAUCAAAAAGUCGGAUUUAAGACAGUGACUUCAAGACAGUGACUGGAAAUCAGCACAAACUUUUUCAAUUCUAACAUUACCAGUCAUAAACGAAUUAUAUUUCAAUCAGCAAAUAAUUUGCAAAAAUGACAAAUAAGAAACUUAAACGGACUUAAUAGUUAACAUUCUUUACUAGAUUGUAAUGUUUUGUUUAUUGCAGUUAAAUUGUUUUUUUUUAUUUUAUUUUAUAAUUUAUGUAAACUAAUGAACAAAUACAUGUAUUUUUUAUAU